CGAGACCCGGGAAAGCCCCUGCGCUGCGGCCAAAGGAGCAUGAGCUGGAGAGGCGAGUUUCCAACGAGGAAGUGUGCUGAGAUGGUGCGAGUGGGGUUGGUCUGCAUGGCCUUUGGGGUCCCUUCCAACUCUUCCCUGAGUCUGUAAAGCACGGUCCACUAAAGCGCGCCUGACUCCAAACUUUGCAGCCGGGAUCCAAGGGAAGGAGGCGCCUCUCCGCCUGAAUGCCCGUGGCCAAAGGCGGCGGGGAGGGAAUGGAGCCCCACGAAUACAUCCACGGCAUCCCCGCCUGGGUCUUGGAGGACUUCUGCCAGAAGAUGGACUGCCUCCACGACUACGACUGGAUGCGCUUUGCAUCCCACGUGAUAACUGACCAGACUGAACUGCGAAAAAUCAAAUGCAUGGAAAAGGCAGGGAUCAGCCGGACAAGAGAGCUGAUGUGGUGGUGGGGAGUGAGGCUUGCAACUGUCCAGGAGCUGCUGGACCUUCUACAAGAACUGCAGCUUUACCGAGCAGCCCAAGUGAUUGCCAACUGGAAGUCAAUUUCGCUUGCCCAUGAUUCUGUGAAGCCCCCUCAACAAGAGAAUCUAUCACUAUAUCCAAAUGGCAACAAACUUAAACGGCUACCAAAUGAGCCAGAAGGGCAAGCAUCACUAUAUACAGAUCCUGUUUUUAAAAGAGACGGAAACAUUCAUCCUUUAUCUCCACCCCCAACUUCCAUGGACCUUCCUCAUUCAUUGCAUUCAAUUCCACCUGAUUUAUCAAAUAGAAAGCUCUGCAGUGCUUCUGUUCCUCAAGAGGAAAUUGCUCCUCAUCUUCCUAAGAGCGAAAGCUUGCUGUGGAGCCCAAGUGAAGUGGAAACUGCUACCAAUGGCUUCAGUAGGGAAAGCCAAAUUAGUGAAGGCAUUUUUGCUGUCACCUACAAAGGUUGGAGGGACAAUGCACUAUAUGUGGUGAAAAAGCUAAAAGAGGAUCAGACAGAAAGAUUUUUUCGCACAGAAGUUCAGAUCUGCUUUCGGUGUCAUCACCCUAAUAUACUACAGCUGUUAGGAUUCUCUGUAGAAAGUGUUUCUCCCUGCCUGAUAUAUCCUUACAUGCCAAAUGGAUCCUUGAUGGACAGACUACAGUGUCAGGGAGGUUCUGAAUCAUUAACAUGGACACAACGCAUCAAAAUCUCUUUAGGACUUAUUCAAGCAAUUCAACAUUUACAUAGGUUUGGAAUUCUUCAUGGGAAUGUGAAAAGUUCCAAUGUUUUGCUGGAUGCAGAUUUUGUACCUCAACUUGGGCAUUCUGGUCUCCGGCUGCAUCCUAUAGAGAAAAAGACCGAUCGGGCUAUGAUGAAAACCAAAGUCUUGCAAGUUUCUCUUGCUUAUUUCCCAGAAGAUUUUGUCAGGCAUGGGCAGCUAACAGAAAAAGUGGAUAUAUUUGGCUGUGGAAUAGUUUUAGCAGAAAUACUCACUGGCAUGAAGGCAAUGGAUGAAGAACGUUAUCCUGUUUUUCUGAAAGACGUCCUCCUUGAAGAAAUCCAGGCAGCAAAAAAACUGUCCUCUUCUAAGGAAAGAACCUUUGAACAAGUUGCUGCAAUGGAAAUAUAUCACAAAUAUCAAGACAAGCAAGCAGCUGGCUUGCCAGAAACAGCUGGUGUACAUUUGGCUAUGGCUGCCUGUGUUUGCCUGAGGAAAAAGAAUGCUGAUCUGGCAGAGGUGAAGGAAAUUGUGGAAAUGGCACAUCGUCAAAUGCAGCAUCAAAAGAUGACACAGGGAAGCAGUUGCUUUGGACCCUCCAUCAAUAUCCCAGAAGAAACCAAUGAUGAGCCGGCAAGUUCGUUCAUUGAUGGUUUCCCAGUCAAUUCCAAUUACGAGCGUAAUUCAGUCUCCCUGAAUUGCAAUGAUUUGUUACCCCCUUUGACAAGAGCUACAGUUCCUGAAACAUAUUCCAUGCAGAUGUUGCAUGUUCCUUGUGAGUCAGAUGAAUCAAGUAACUUUUUUUGGGAUCCAAUGGAGGAUGCUGACUGCCAGCUACAAAGGAGAAGCCAUCAACAUUUGGAAAACACUUCCUUAGCCGGGCCUCUGCCAAGUGAUCUAGAAUGCAACAAUAACUUCACAACAGAAAAUACAAACUUUGGUCAAAGCAUGAAGCUGCAGGAAGAAGCUGUUUCUUCAAGCACUGCUCCUGGCUGUUCAUCACAAGCAGCAGAAGCAAAAGAAAUAAAGAUCAACAGCGCAAAGAAGAAAUUGGUGGAACAAAUUUUAUUGUAUGAAGAAAAUAAGAUAAACAGUUAUGAACUUUUUGACUCUUCAGUUUAGUGAUGUCAUCUUCAAUGGGAUUUUACAAAGACUAAGCUUUGUUAGCAGCUGCCACUACAACCAAAAUAGGCAUUACUGGAUUCAUAUGCAUGAAACAUACCAUAAUAUUAUACAAGGUGGGAGAAUUCUCUUGAUGUGAGAAAAGCCAAGAGUAUGUCUUUCACUAUUUUGUAAGUGUGGCUGAAAUAUCUUUUAGUUGGCAAAACCUCUCCCUGAAACUAAAGGGAAAUGCAGGAUGGAUAAGAAAAUAUCAUUUUUUUGAAGUGUUGAAAGCUGAUCAGUAUGGAAUAUUGACACUGGUUAGCUGAAUUAUCACUGGGAUAAAACUGGAUUGGUUUCAUUUUGUGUGAAAUAUUGAAAUUAAUGGCACACUAUCUCUGCGGCUUUUGAUUCUGUGAUUUGCAGAAUAUGAUACAGCAACUGAGCUUGUAUGAACAGUCUUACUGCUUGAUUACGCAUGAAAGAAAAGAUUUUAAACUUAUAAAGUGCUGAGAAAAUGUAAAAGAAUGUAAACAUUAUAUGUGUGGUGCUUAGUGCAUUUACAGAGACAUUUAGAUAACGAGUCAUAAGCAAGACAUGAAUAAUUCAGUAGAGCACAGGUAUGAUGUGAGUUGCACCUGACAUAAACUUUUGUCAGAACAAUUCUUAUUCCAGAAAACAACUAUAAGACUGGAGCGUCAUGUAACAAAAAUCAGACGAUCCAAAUCAUAAGGUGUAUCAGCACACUUCUAAGAUCCAGUUGUUUUUAGAAGAAAAAGAAAUAUUGUAGCAAGGAAUUAAAGUGUGUCAAGCCUGAGUUAUGAUUCAUGUGUACAAAAUACUGACUGUUGGGGAAGAUUCAAAAACUGCCAAGAAGCAGGAAAAUCGCAUUCAAAGCACCCCCGACAGAUGCAAUUCGACAAUGUCUGGCAGGCCACACAUUUCUCACUCCCAAUGCAAUGACUUCAUUCAGCUCUUAGCAAUAGUCUCGUUUGAGAAACAGCAGACUGAACCCAUGCACCUCUCAUCUGAUCCUAUACAAAUUAUGUUUCACUCCAAAGCAUUAAAGAUAUUUAAGGUAUGGAAAAUCAAAUGGAGAGACAGGAAUGUGAGGGGAAAGAAGCUGAAAAAACCUCAACAAUCAGUGUUCCUGUAGAGCCAGAGAUUCUAGGUGUUUCUGUCAAAUGGAUUUGGAAUGUCUGUUUCUUGUAAAUAUGAGCUCAGAGAAUCAGCAUUAAUCAAUUUAUAAUAGGUGAAUGCGUUUGAAGAAUGAGGGCAUAAGCAAUAUAAAUACUGUAUUCUUUUAUUUUUGAGUAAGCUGAUCUUGUUUGAUAAAAAUAUAUCCAUUUAUUCACUUCCCUUUAAGAAGCAAAAUGAAAUAUUUAUGUUGGAAAUAUUUUGUAGCAUAUUUUGUAUUUUAUAGUUUUUAUAGACAAUACUAUUACAUCUGAAUAUUAAUAAAUGUUGACAUUUGCAUUCACUGUAUAUUCUUCUGUUAUUUUCACAUACUGGGAUUUUUCUUUUAAACAUGCAAGUCUUCCAGUACAAUUUUAUACAUUUGUAUUUAAAGGCAACUCUCAGAAAUCCAACACAAUUUAUACACAAAUGCAGCCAGAGGCAUCAAAACUAUAAUAGAACAUUAUGCACUACUAUAAUAGGAGGAGAUGCGUAUCUUCAUGAGCCAUAGUACUGUGCUGUAAUGUAUAUUGCAGAUCCUUUGCUCCAAGUGCAUAAUUACCUAUAUAUGUAAAAUAAAAUAUUGGAACUGUUCUGUGAAUGUAGUCCCUAAUGGUCUAUUAAGGUCUGUAGUAUUUUUGCCUCAUCAGUGAACUGUGCAACAUGUUUGAUACCUAAAAUGUAUGUUCUACACCAUGGAUGGGGAACUCAUGGCCUUCCAGGUGGUAUCAGUCUUUUGUCAUCCUCUUGAGCCGCUUUGGGUCUUAAGAUAGGAAAACUGGAUAUAAAUAUAAAACUAUAUAAAAGUCAAA